AUGAGUAAUCCUUAUGACGACGGUGAUCGGAAUACCAAAAAAGUACGUUUCAAAGAUGUCGAAGGUACUGAAGAAACUUGUAUGGUGGUAGAUUCUGAGCAACAGCCGAUGAUGUCAUUCAAAGAGAAACUUUUGGGAGGAGGGGUGGCUUCCCCCGAUAGAAAUCUAGCAAGGAAUCUUGGAAGGGACGAUGGUGGUUUAGAAAUUCUGGAUGGUGACAUGAAUACCUCAAUGGUUAAUGGGAUUUCGGCCAUCGCUUUUUCAGAGCGCAUCAAAGAUAUUCUCUUCAAGGAGAUGGAAUCAACGAUUGUUCUUAAAUUACUCGGGCAAAACAUUGGCUAUAACUUUCAAGACAUGGAAGAUUAUAAUAAAGUUUUAACUCAAGGUUCGUGGAUAUUUUUCGGGCAAUACCUCACUGUGCAGCCUUGGACGAGGUCGUUUAAUCCAACACAACCUUACCCCAGUGUGGUGUUGGCUUGGAUCCGUCUGCUAGGGCUUCCGGGCUACCUUUACAAGAGGCAAAUCAUCGAAGCAAUUGGGGGUUUAAUUGGUAAAGUAGUCAAAUUAGAUUUUCAAACUGAUAAAAGUACUCGAGGAAGGUUUGCCCGAUUGGCUGUGUUUGUCAAUCUUGAUCAACCUCUUAUCUUUAAGGAUUUGGUCGACGGGGACAUCCAACGGGUAGAGUAUGAAUCUCUACCGACAGUUUGUUUCAACUGUGGACGAUAUGGGCACGUUAAAGAGUUGUGUUCGGCGGCAGGUGUUGGUGCGGUUUUGGAGAGGUCGGAGACUUUUUUGGAAGGGAUGAAAGCCUCCCCGGAGAUGGCUUCUGGUGUAACGGUCGGGGGUAGUGAAGAUGGAAAGAACAAUGAUUUCGGACGAUGGAUGUUAGUUGAGAAAAAAUCACAGAGGAGAUCACGUAACUCUAGGGUAAAAGGGGAUGAUAUUUUAGGCAAAGAUCCGUUGGGAUCUAGAUUCACGCCUUUAGUUGAGGGAAAUAAUUUAGGCGGUGGUCUUAAUGCAUUCGUUGGGGGUUUUGUGAGUGGAAAAGGAAAGAGCCAAGUUAUUCUAGAAGGGGUGAGUGGCCUGGACAAUGCUAGAGCAGACCUGAGCAGGGGGAAAAUCGGGUCCAAAUCAAUGGGGAAAAGGCCUAUGGGAUCUGGAGAUUUUUUGCAAAAAGAAAAGGAUCAAUGUUGUAAUUUUACUAAUUCUAUUUCUCUGGUACCGUCUACAGGGUCUGGUAAUCUAAAAAUGAAAAAGGUGCAAGCUGGUAGGCUUUCAAAUGGUUCGAGCGGUGGGCCAAGUGGGGAUCAGGAAAUGGGAAAGGAGCAUUCGGGUCUUUCAGAGUUUAGGAAGGGCAACUUGGUUCUUAAUAAUCCUACACAAGGGCGUAGAUUAAAAAAAGCUGGAAUUUCUCGAAUCCCAUUAUCAGAUACUAUAAGUUCCAUGGUUAAUCUUGUAAAUUCGCAAGGAGCGCCUAGACCGGAUGGUAUUGGAGGGACCACUACAGGACAGACAGGUUGUGCCAACUUGAAAUUCCCUAGUAUCUUUUGGGAGUAUAAUAGAGAGCAUAAGUCUGAUUUGGUUGGACUUUUAGAAACAAGGGUGAGUGGACCUAAAGCUGAUUCUAUAAUUUCUAAGCUCGGCUUUGAGUGUUCACAUCGCGUGGAGGCUGUGGGUUUCUCAGGUGGUAUUUGGAUUGGUUGGAAGGACUAUAUUACUGGUAGUCCUAAUGGUCAAAAAAGGAAGCAGUUAUGGGAGGCUCCUAAACAUACUAUGCUAGUGGAUGGGUCUCCAUGGUUAGCGAUUGGUGAUUUCAACGCUAUUAUAGCUUUGUGCGAAAAAAGAGGUGGUCGAGUUAUCGGGAAAAUAUGUGGUCUCUUUAGUGAAUUCAUGGAUUUCAUGGGUUUGCAAGAUCUGGGUUUUAAUGGGCCUAAUUUUACUUGGAAUAGAGGGGGUGUUUUUGAGAGACUCGACAGAGCUAUUUGUAAUGAAGCUUGGAGUCUAAAGUUUCCUUCGUCCAAAGUUAUUAUCUCCAAAAGCUUAAAUCAGACCACAGACCUCUGA